AUGUUUGAAGCAGCUGUACUGCAAGAAAUGCAGGACAAAUCUUUUAAAAAUUUUGCACUGAACGCACCGUGUGAUCAAAGCACAAAAUUUUGGGCGCCCAACAAAGCUGUUGACGGAAACAGAAAUGGUUAUUUUUUUAACUAUUCAUGCUCCCAUACAAUCCUUUUCAAAAAUUUCCAACAACGUCACUGGUGGCAGGUGGACCUCAGGAAGCUGAUAUUUGUGUCACACAUCAUCAUCGCCAACCGUCUCGACUGCUGCGGUGACAGACUGGCCAACUUCACCGUGGAACUGGGGCGUCUGGAGUCCAACGGCAGCAUCACCUACACGCUGUGUCGUUACCAUGACGGCGUUGCUGGACCCCUGACGACCCUGAACUGCACGAGGUCCAUCUGGGGUCGGUUUGUCCGAAUAUCAUUGAUGGGAGACGCUCUCACACUGUGUGAAGUGGAGGUUUAUGGCGACAUGGAUGACAACAGCACUAGGCUUGUUCCAGGUAACAUGGCAUCACUGUGUUUAGGGCCCCCGGUAGUGUAG